UUUCGCAGAGAUUAAAUCGUUUUAGUAUCGUGGCUAAACAGAAUUCAAAUAUAUUCUGAUCAAAAAAACUAACUUGGAAAAGAAAACGAGCUAAUCUUUCCAAAAUCAAGAUGGACUCUUCAAACAACAACAGCUAUGAAACCAAUUUUGGUUUGGAAUUAUUUACAAAUCUGCUGCUGCAAACAAACGAUUCCAAUGCAGAAGCCUGUGAUGAAGGCAACAUUUGUAUAUCACCCUUUCUGCUGGAAGCUCUUUUGUCUCUAGUCUAUUUGGGUUCUGAUGGCAAAACCGCUGAAGAGUUAAAGGAAAAACUACAGCUACAACGUUUUCCCAACAAUGGCAAAAUGGCCAAUUAUUUUGCAGGCAAUUUGGCCAUUGUUACACAAGAAUCUAUAGACACUCAAUUGGAAAUGUGUUCCAGAAUAUUGGUCAAUGACAAUUAUGAGCUGGAUUCACAAUUUAAGAAAAUUUCGGAAAAUUAUUUUUUAACUUUAAGCCAGCAAUUGAAGUUUGAAGAUAAGGAAGAGGUGUUGAAAGUCAUAAGAAACUCUAUAGAGAAAUCAUUAAAGAGAUGUAGUAAUUUGAGAAUAGCGGAAAAUGCCAAAGCAUUGUUGGUUUUGGCGGCAAAUUUCAAAAAUAAAUGGUUUUUACCCUUUAGUGCCUAUCGUUCGGGUUUGUAUGAUUUCCAUGUUACGGGGGAAAGCAUUAAGUCGAUACCCAUGAUGUUGGACAAUGAAAUGAUGGUGAAAUUUGUGGAACUUAAGGAAUUGGAUGCCAGAGUAGUGGAAUUGCCCUAUGAACAUGAUGAUGAGUUGUCUAUGUUAUUGAUUUUACCCAAUAAAAGAGAUGGUUUACGGGAAUUGGAAUUGAAACUGAAGGAGGUUAAUUUGAGUCAGGUGACCGAACAAAUGCAAAUGGAGAGUGUUCAAUUGUUAUUGCCCAAGUUUAAAAUUGAUUUUGAGUGCAGUUUAAAACAGAUAUUGGAGAAGAUGGGUUUUUCUUUAAUGUUUGGUGAAGAAUCCAAUUUUAAAAAUCUAUUGGCCCCUAACUCAGCCUCCAAUGUUUUACCCUUUAGUGAUGUUUGGCAUAAGGCCUGCAUAGAGGUCCAUGAAUCGGGCUCGGAACCCGCCAAAGUUGAAGCCACCAAACCCAUAGUGAUUAGUAAUUCCAUAGACUCACGGCAAAAAUUCUUUCGUGCCGAUCAUCCCUUUUUCUUUGCCAUACGCAAUAGAGAAGCCACAUUUUUUGUGGGCCAUGUUAAGAAAUUUUAAACUUUUUUAAAUGUUAAGAUGACUUAAACCCUUUUAAGAGUUUAAUAAAACUUGUAGUUGUAAGUUUUUAAAACAAACCGGUGCUUCCCCAAUAUUUUCCCCGCUUUUAAUUUGUUGUAUAGCUAUUUAUUUAAUACUUACUGUUAAUAAUUUAUAAUUAUUUGUUUUCUUUUCUUUUUUAAAAAAAAAAAAAAUAUAAUAAAAACUGCA